GGAGGAGGAGGAGGAAGCAGCAGCGCACCGAGCUCCUCUCCAUCCCAUGUGUUUGGAAGAAAAGAAGAAAAAAAAGAAGAAGAAUGGGCUCGGAUCCAGACAUGUGCUGCUGAAAAGCUAACAUACACCUCUGUGUAGCUCUCUUGUCUUUUCAACAACCGCGUUUGCUUAGUAAAAAAAAGCCAGAGGUGGGAGUAGCCUAUAGGAUCACUCUUUUCCUGAAAAUGCUUCCCUGCUCUUCAUCCGCGCAGAUGGAGGGAUGCGAGGAGGAGAGGGACGCGCACAUGCGAACAGAGUGCAAUCGACUGACGGAGGAGAGAGACGAGGCCGAGAGACAACUCAAACACAUCAAGAGAGUGUCUCAGAUGGUGAUUGAGGAGGUGAGCGUGCUGCAGACUCAGCUGGAGAUCGAGAAGUCGUGCCGGGAGAAUGCAGAGGCCCUGGCCACAAAGCUGAACUGUGAGAACAGGAAGUUCAAGUACCUGAGCCUGUCGUCCCGUCCGUGUUUGGACGAGCUGCUCCCCAGCAUCUCCGACUGCAUCGCUCUGGAGGCCGACGCUGACACGGCCGACGCCAGCCCCGACACCUUCGUACAGUACCAACAACAGGUUAAAGAUCUGAGGGAGAUGGUGAACACCUUACUGGAGGAGAAGAAGAACUUUGUGUGUCAGAGUCAUGAACAGCAGAGACGGAUAGAAGAGCUGACUGCACAGUCAGAGAAAGACCAGGCAGAGAUGAAGGAGCUUCGUGAAACUAAUGAGAAACAAAGUAAAACCAUCAAGAGAUUUAACAGAGUCUCCGUGAUGGCGGCGCAGGAGUACGAUGGGAUGAAGGAGCAGCUCGACUUGGAGCAGAGCCUGAGAGUCAAAGCUGAGACGUAUGCACAUGAGAUGCUGGUGAAGCAGAAGGAGGCCAACAGGCAGAGUAUGCUGCUGCUGCAGAGUGCUGAGCCCAGUGUUCAGCUUCUCAAAGCUCUGGAGGACGUCGCCGCCAUCACCAAAACGCUGGAGGAGGAGCGUCUGCAGCAUCAGCAGAAGGUGGCCAGCCUAGAGGCCCAGCUGGAGCAGAGCUGUGUGAAGCAGCAGCUGGAGGCGCUGCAGAGGCAGCUGGAGCUGCUGGAGGAGGCCAAGAAGGAGGUGGAGGGACGAGUGGAGCAGGCAGAGAAGAGGAACGAGGAGCUGGAGAACAGAGUCCACGAGCUCCAGGAGAGCCAGGAAAAGGCCGCGGUGGCUCCCAGCACGGCGCCCCCUCCUCCUGAGCCUGGGGUUGCCCCGCCACCCGCCCCUCCCCCGCAGCCGCCCCCUCCCCCUCCUCCUCCCCCUCCACCCCCGCCCCCACCUCCCCCCUCGAGAUGCAACCCCCUCAGCUCUCUGAUAGCGAUCAUGAGGAAGUCCUCCAAAGGCUCCAAAGCCCCAGUGAAGACAGAGCAGCCGCCAGCUGGCGAGGGCGACGACGUGAAGGCAAAGGCGGUGAACGAAAUGAUGGAAAGGAUCAAACAUGGCGUCGUCCUGCGGCCCGUCAAGAGUCAGGACAGUAAGAGAGUAGCAGUAAAACCACCUCUGAUCCUUGAGGAGAAACCGCAGGAGAGCGCCAUGGAGGAACUGAAAGGCAUCCUGGAGACGGUGAAGCGGAGCCCCAGCCGAGGCUCUCAGGAGUCGGGCCCGUCGGGGCCGUCGCCUCCGGGGAAGAAGGACAGCGAGCUGGAGGUCAUCCUGAGACGCCGACGCAACAAGGCGGGAGAAGCUGGCUCCGGAGAUGAGCGAGAGGGCCAGAUGAGUCACGUGUCCUCGUCCGACAGCCUGAACGGGAGGCGCACCAGCAGCGACUCGGGCAAGGACCCCGAUGGCCCGGCGGGGCUGAGCGUCCCGUUUGACUCGGUUGCGGGUCCCAGGGUUAGCCUGGAGAAACCGGGGCCCGUCGUGGCCCGGAGGAAGAGCUCCGACUCGGGCAAAGAGCCCCGAGUGGGCUCCUGGCAGGAGAGGAGGUCCUGCAGCUCUCUGUCGGAGAAGGAAACUGCCGAGUCUCCGGUCAGCAACGGCUGCAUCAACAGUGUGGGGGACGAGGAUGGACAUGCGACCGAGACGUGCGUCCAGUCCAACGGCGUGGAACACAGCCGACCCGUCGAGGACACCCACGCCACCCUCUGCACCGGCCCGGUCAACGGCAGCACGGACGCCGAGUGCUAGGAUGGAGUCUAACAGGAUCCCAGGCUUGUUUCUGCAAUCUGAUGCAUGCAUUUAAUUGGCUGAUGUGAGAGCGACGUCAUCGGCGUUUACUCUCAGAUGAGAGAGGUUUGAGGGUGCGAUCACACAUUUGCCUUUUUUGAUUAAUGGGUCAGAACCUGAGUGGAAAAAAGUAGACUGUGUUGUACUUUUGUAUUUUUUUUGUUGUUGUUUCUUCAGAUUUACACUAACCAUUUAAAAACUAACCAGGAGCCUGUUAACACGACCGGCUCACGGCUAAUUUAUUCAACAGGUCCGAGCAUUUCUGAUUCCAUUUCCUGAACUUUUUUUUCACCUCUCUAACACGUGUCGAAGAAGAUGAAUGUGAGUGCAAGUCCAGAGUUCAAACGUCAUUGUUCUCACGUGGACAAAUUAGGCUCGUUCGAGAUGAGCCAGGUCUGCGCAGAAUCGAUCACCCAAUGCAUGCUGGGUAGAUUUGUGUCCGACUAGAUCCCGACUUGCUCUGACGUCGUGCACACGCGGGCAGCGAUGACCUCACGAGAUCAAGGCGGCCGCAGGUUUUAGAGCCAGGGCAUGAUGGGAAACACCUGGCUCUCAGCUGAUCUAACAGCUGAUUGGUUCAGAAUCGACUCAACAUGAUGAUGUUUUAUAUAAACUUUUUAUUGUUUUUUAACCCUCUGAGGACAAAAGACGCGCCGCCGCGUCCAAAACGAUGUUUGACCAAACUCCUACUCAAAAAAGCGAUAUUACAAACUAUCAUUCCAGACAUUUAUUUACUAUUUUAAUCAUAUAUAACCUAAAGACUUUGGUAAACUCAUUUCAAGCACCGAAACAAUUCGUACAACACAUCAUAAGUUAAGGUUAGUUUUCAAAAGAGAUUUGAGGACUUUCAAAAAACCGAACAUCAACGUUUCAGCUUUAGCGCCAAAUUAUCUCUUCACACAUUGCUCUAGAAAAAAUCUGAACAUUUUGAUAUGAAACACAUGGGGAUCACUUUUAUGCAAAUACCCUAAAAAGGUAAAUUUAAGAAGAUGUGUGAAAGCUCCCUUAGACCUCAGAGGGUUAAUUGGAGAGAUUUUCUCUGAUUUAAAGGCUUAUUUAAAUCUGGUAGCAGAAUACAUGUUGUGACGUUUAGCCUAGCAGUCCGAGGAACUAAAUCCGUUCAGAUUACGGCUCAUCUACAGUCUGUCCGAUAUUAACUUCGGCAACAGAUCGCCUCGAGAGCAUUUGAACCUCUACUCUGUCAUAAUAAUAACAACUGGACAACUGUGUUCAAGCUGAUAUAUGGGUCUGAUAACAUUUCAUUAAAUCGGAAUCGGCCCAAACAGGAUGUGAGUGUUUCUGUGACUUCCUGUUCAGACUGAAGGCAGCUGGAAACUGUACGACUUGACCGCGGCUUUUUGACGCCAUUCCCCCCUGCUGCCGCCGCCCGCUCCCGUCUACUUUACAGGCGAGGCGCAGCUCAUCUCGAACGAGCCUGUUAACUCAACUGAAGUUGGACUUGCUGCAGAUAAACUGUUUAGAACAUACUUGCUGUGAACGCACCCUAACUUAUCCAGCCAUUGUAGAAGCCCUACACCUCUCCAAACAAACUGUAUCCGACUGUCGCUUACCAAUAGUUAAGAGAUAUUCCAAUGAUUAAUCUCGCCGGCCUAAACUUGCUUGAGGGAAGAAAAAAAACACCAGUUCAUGAAUUUGCUGGUGAAAUUAAAAAACGAAUGACUUUGAGAGUUAAUAGCUCCCUUUUUCUGUAUUUUACUCAGUUUUUUUCAGAGUUAUCCAAUAUUUAUAUAUGGCUGCUUCCCCUUUUAUCUUAUUAUCUCAGGUGGUGAUUUGGGAUUUGUGUUGGCCUUUAAAGGAGAUUUAAUAUGGUGAACAAAUAGUAUAAAUAGUCCAUUGUCUUAAAAAACUAAAUAAAAAUGAAUUAAAACAUGCACCAAGAUUUAAAAGAAAGAUGUCAAAUGUUUAAUGCGGUUGUUGUGGGAUUAUUAUUGUGGUAGGACUAAAUUCUGAUGCAAAAUAAGUUAGUAAAAAUAGCUUUUUUUUGUGCUUUAUAGUGUUAUACUUUCAGACGUCUAAAAGUAAUUUUUUUUUUUAUUUGAAUUUGCAUGUGACCUAUUAUACAAUUAAGUAAAAUGUGAAAUUAUUAAGGGUCGAAUGUUAUCAAGUUCCAUUCUGCGUGCAGAAAAAGGCUUAAAGUACCCCGAAUAAUCCGAAACGGUGCAUUCAAAGUGGGGCUUUCUACAAUGGCGGAUAUUCUAAAUUAGAUUUGAGAUUAUCUAUCUGCUGUACAUGAGUUCUUUUCUUCGAAGGUUUCUGAAAACAAACCUGGGGAUCCUGGAGGACAGGCUGACUGAACUAUAUGAGGGAAGUUGUGCUUUUUUUUUUGUGCACAGAACCUCCGUUUUUCUUCAGACACUUCAACUUGUACAAUGACUGCAGAGCUUUAGGUUGACGUUUCUGUUUGAUGCACAAAGGAUGUGUUCAGUAGCCUAUCACUUUGUGUCAUCAGAAGGAAUGCACCGUCUCCAACUUCUUCUGCUUCUCCUCCUCCUUUACUCCCAGUUGUAGCGGGGCUGCACACUUGAUUUGUGUAUAAUCACGUGUUGUUAUUGGCUUCAUCAGUGGCAAUAUUGAAACACAGUUGGCUUUGUUGCAAACAGUGGGUUGAAAGGUGCUUUUCCUUCAACCACUGAGGCAGAUUUUCUCGAUAAGGGCUGGGACCAAACAAACAAGUUGAACUGCAAAACUCAAGCAAACGGAACAAUUCAAUACCGAUAUGAAAUUACAUGUCAUUGUAGUAUUUGGAUUAAGAAUCAGUGUGGUAAAUAUGUCAAUGCACAAGAUUAAUCCUAAACACAAAUUAUGAUUAGCAUAGUUUCUGCAACGUACACGCAGCCAAACUGUUGGAUGGAACUAACAUACGGAUGGUUUAGCUGUUCUUCGAAAAGGAUAACUUUAUCCUGAGUGUGGCAUUAGAGCUGGGGUGUCAAACUCAACUUCACUAAGGGCCACACUGGAAAAAAAUAAUCACAUCAAGGGCCAGACUGUACAUUUUAUUG